AUGACCAACACCAGCUUGUUUCUGCAACUUUUCAUGGGAAUUUUUCUCAGUGUGGCAGGUUCCCAGUCCCACUGUCCCAUCACACUGGAGCCUUCAAGUGUUCUAAUAAAAUAUGGGGAGAGCAUAACAGUUAACUGUACCGCGGACUCUGAGCAUGACGGUUUGGGCCUGGAAGUGACAGGAUACAGCACUGGCCAGCAACAGGUCAAUCAUCAGUCUUGGACGCUGGACAAUGUCACGGAUCCGAGCACGGAGCUUUAUUGCAUCAUGACCCUCAAGACAGGAGAGUCGUGCAACAAAAAACUUGACCUUGUUUUGUACAAUGUGCCAGAGAAAUUCCAGAUCAUCUCCAAUAACAGUGAUGGUGCGUUGGAGGAAGGGGAAAACUAUUACCUGAAAUGUGAAGUCGAAAAGUUUGCUCCUGCUGAAAAUGUAUCAGUGCUGUGGUACAAAGACAACAGAGAAUAUCCCACGGAAACAUUUAACAACUAUUUACAAGAAAUUCCAAAUGCAAGUGAGAUUAACUUUAUCCCAACAAGAAAAGAUCAUGGAGAAAGGAUCAGGUGCGAAGCCCAAUUGGAUCUCAGAAGCAAAGGACUCUACGUCAACGUUUCGUCACAAAUAUUCCAAAUAAAUGUGAAGUUUCCUCCAAAAUUGUUAAGUAGCGCUGUGGCAAUUGAAGAAGGAGAGACCCUUGACAAUAAAAGCCCCAUAGAAGGACAUGCCACUCUUAAAGUCGAGUGGUUUAAAAAUGGACAGAAGAUAAAUUCGAGUGUGCCCCUAAGACGAGAGGAUUCCGGCUCUUACAGAGCAAAUGCUGAAGGAGUGACUUUUGAUGUCAUUUUUCAUGUAGUAUAUGGACCUGAGCUGAGGUGUGCACCUUUUUAUACUGCUUUUGAAGACUCCACUAAUCAGCUCAACUGCACAAUUGGAGGCUACCCCAAACCAGAAGUUUCUUUGUACAAAGACGGUGAAGAGGACGGUGAAGUUUUAGGAUAUGAUGAAGUUAUUGGAUAUUUCCUAAAACCAACUCGUAAAGAUUCUGGGAAUUACACACUCGUCGCCUCGACAGAAAACCGCAAUGUCACGCAAACGUUUGAGGUCUUUGUUCAUUAUGCACCAUCAGAGAUUUUUGAGCUCGAAGACUCACUUUUCACUCUAGGCUCUUCUGUAUCUCUAAAAUGUGAUGCCAGAGGGAACCCACGACCAUUGUACCGCUGGGUUUAUUAUAAUACUUCAAAUGUCUUCGAGAAACAGGACGAUGGUGUGUCGAUUUUGGAGAUUCACAAUGCCACAACGUUCAACAUGGGCAGGUACAAGUGCACUGCGAUGAAUGAGCAUGGGGUAGUCUUCAAAACAGCAAGGCUCUAUGUAAAAGAUGUCAAGCAAGAAUGCCCUCUUCAAAUAAGCCCGGAGAUAAUGGUGUUGGAACAUAACGGUGAGGCGGCAAGUGCCACAUGCAAGGCACUAGAACCUUCAAAUGUCAAAGAACUUUACUGGAUGGAUGAAGGAGGGAAUCAGACCAGCAGCACCUCUGAAUGGAUCGCUGAUACACAACACUGGGAUGUAAGGCCUGUAUGCAAAGGAGACUUUCAUGGACUAGGAAAAUGCGAGAAGAGACUAGACCUUAUUCUGUACAAAAUUCCCGACAGUGUUUCUAUCAACAUUGAAGGAGGUGAUGUCCCAUUAAAGGAAAAUGAUUUAUAUACUCUUGUUUGUGAAGUCACAAAUGUUGCUCCUGCAAAGCAAGUCGUUGUGCACUGGUUCCAUGGAAAUGAAUCAUUCAAGUCUCAAUCCGAAGUCACUUGUGUUGGGUGUAAUAUCAACACAACCAGGAGUGUGACAAUGCUGUUCAGAACAAACAUCACUGUAGACAGAAAACUAAAUGGAGUGGAGUUUUCAUGUGAGGCUGUUCUGAACUUACCUGAAAUACAUCACCCACCCACCGUGUCCACACCGCUCAACAUUACUGUUCACUAUCCUCCCAUCAUUAACACAUCAAAACUUUCAAGUACUGUCCCUGUGUUCAGCGGUUAUUCUGAGGAUCUAAAAUGUGAAGCGGACGGAAACCCGCGACCAGAGAUUAGAUGGAUAUCGGAUGUAGCCGUGUCGCCACAGCGCUCCAAUGGAGUUCUGUCUGUGACGGGAAAGGGAAUAUACAUAUGCAAUGCAACCAAUCACUAUGGGUCGGACUAUCAUCAAGUGGAAGUUAUUGAAAAAGUGGACUACCUGCCGCUGAUAGCUGGAUUUGUUGCAGUAACCGUAGUCAUCAUCUCUAUUAUUUUUGUCUUCAUCUUCUCAAUAUACUACAAAAACACCAAGAUGCGGCGCUACAAUCUGAAAAACCCUAAAUUUGGCAUCCACAAUCAUGGCAACGUGGCUCACAAUGGAUGGGACCUGCCUUUACCAAUGACCAAACUUUAA